CCGUAAGAUUUCUGUAAAGUACUCUAGUAUACUGUUACAUGACUGCCGACUAUAUGAGUAUCAACUACACGAGCGCCGAAGCCAUUGCUGCUGCCAAUGCAUAGUUUCCACCUGGCCAGUUCUCGCGAGGCCUAAGCACGUCUGCGACUCCAUCUCCGACCCUUCCCCUUGCUGCUCUCGUAUCAACCUCAUCCCCGAACACUCUAUCAUCCAGCAGCAACGGAGAAGACACCAACAUCGCGGAUCUUACUGAUGGCGAUGACGAUGAGGCGGAGACUCCAGGGAAGGGCGAUCAAGAAGCCGACGAUGACCAGGACCAGGACCAGGACCAGGGAGGGUAAUGGAUAAUCAGCUGUUACGCCCAUGUUCUCGGACUGGCUGAAGGCCGUCUACUCAACAGCAUAGACAAGGGUAUUGCGCCGGACUCGAUAGCGACGAUCGAUCAAGCGAUGCAGCAAACUGCAGCACCUGGCCGAAAUGAAGAGACCGAGGCAGAGAGUUUGCCCGAGCGAGAAGUUCCUCAAGAACCUUCUUCAACCAAGGACCUCCCUCCUUUGUUCGACAAAAUCCGUAAGAUUUCUGUAAAGAUCAGCAAUUCCCCAAAUGGCAAGAGUUUCUUCUUUGAUUGCUGUAGACAUGAAGGUGUAUAUCCGUACGCGCCAGUAACAUAUUGUAAGACGCGGUGGGGAUCAUGGUUCAAGGUGUUACAAUGGCUCCUAAAUGUUCGACCGGGCUAUACCCGUUUUUGCACCUUAGCCGACAACGAACCAUUGGUACCAAAGGUGUCAAGAAAUUCAAAGCCUUAUCGCUGGUACCUAUUAUCCCCGGAGCAAUGGCGAAUGAUAGAAGCCUUGUGCAAGAUACUGCAGCCAGCACUUACAAUCCAGACGCAAUUCGGCGCAGAGACGAACCCUACUCUUUGGAUGGUACUUCCAAGAUUGGUUGAACUCCAUAAGGCUUGGCGUCAAAUGAAGAAUGAACCAGACAUUCCUCUCAUGCUUCACUCGUCAAUUGACGAAGGUCUUCAAUGCAUCGAAGAAUAUUAUGUUGAAGCCCUUGAGGCUAGAACCCCGAUCAUCGCAGUCUAUCUAAAUCCUCUCAUGAAGAAUUUGUGGUUCCAGUUCUUUUUGGGAGAGGAUUUGGCCUCAAAAGCGAGUGGUAUCUUCCGUCAGAUCUUUGAUGAGUAUGCGGCUGCUUUAAAAGCAGCUAGGACGGAGGAAUCAAUCGACUACUCCUUCCGUCAACCUUCCUCUACCGCUGAACAACAAUUUUACAGUCUCUUAGCUAAGCACCGGGCCUCAAUCAUGAACGGGAAUGUGUCUGAAGAGUUUGACCGCUAUAUGGCCUAUUCGGAGGAAGACCCUCAGCUAAUUAAGAUGACGAUGACUCCGCAUCUGAUUGAUGCUGAGUUCGUCCUGGAUUGGUGGAAGCGGAUGGCAGCAUCUUUCCCUAUCAUUGCAAUUAUUGCACGAGAUUAUCUCGCAAUUCCCGCGUCCUCUGUCCCCUGCAAACGUCUGUUCUCCCGCGCCAAGCUUGCGGAUACCGACAGACGUCGAUCAAUGAAAGCAGAGACGUUCAGUCUAGUCCAGACUCUCGGUGCAUCCCUUCGCGCUGAAAGAGCAAGGAAAACGAAGUUGAAGGCUAAGGGCGAGAAGAGAAAAAUGAUUCCUGAUGUAGGAUUGGAUAAGGGUAAGGGUAGUUAGUGUUCAAGGAAGGAAAAGGCGUGAUUUCCUUGUGUAGUAUAGGCUCGGUGUACCCCAUGAUGGAACUGUUUUGUUGAUUGAAAAGUAAA